AAAAAAAAAAAAAAAAAAAAAAAAAAUCUCUUUAUUUAACGCAUGAAUAAUAUUUUAACGCUUUAGUAAUUUAGCGCUUUCCAUGUCUCGUAACAUUGAAACCGACAAUUUAAACGAAGUGAAUGAAUUGUUAUUUUGGGUCGAAGAAGCGAUUUCUAAAAAUCAUAUUAAAUUUUAUGAAUAUAAACAUUUUAGCAAUAUUCGAGAAAUUGGAAAUGGAAAUUUUGGGAGAGUUUACCGCGCUAAAUGGAAAGAUUUAGAUCAAUACUUAGCAUUAAAAUAUUUUUUUAGUUUUGAUAAGGCUACUAUUAAGGAACUUGUUCACGAGCUCGAACUUCAACGUGAAGUAGCUUUUCAUGACAACGUAAUUAACUUUUAUGGGAUUACAACUCAAGAUCAAGAAAUUGCAAGUAGUGGAAUGACGAAGAAUUACUUAUUAGUAAUGCAAUACGCUGAUGGUGGUUCUCUUCAAAACUAUUUGAAAGGGAACUUUAAGAAUCUUACUUGGGAAGAUAAAUACAAAUUGGCAUACCAAUUAGCAUGUGCUGUAUCAUGCUUGCAUAGCGAAGGAAUCGUGCACCUUGAUCUGUAUUCUAGUAAUAUAUUAAUACAUGAGAAUAAAAUCAAGCUAGCUGAUUUUGGUUUAUCAAGAAGAAUUGAAACAUUGCAUAAACAGCAGCAAUUAGAUUUAUUUGGAGUAAUUCCUUAUAUUGACCCAAUAACGUUUUUUACGAGUGGUAAUGAUCCAAACUCAUUAAAUGAAAAGAGUGAUGUUUACAGUGUUGGUGUAUUAUUAUGGGAAAUUUCCAGUGGAAAACUUCCCUUUGAAGAUGUUGCAUAUGACAUUUGUUUGGCCAUGCGAAUUCGCGAAGGUGAAAGAGAAGCAACCAUUUUUAAUACUCCCAUUGAAUAUGCUAAUCUUUAUAGAGAAUGUUGGAAUAUUGAACCAGAUAAUCGACCAUCUAUGUUUGAAGUUGUUAAAAGGUUAAAAGCAUUUAUUUCACCGUCAAAUAUAGAAGUUGAUAACUUAAAGAUUUAUUUUUUUAUGAUAAACUAUCACGACUGAUGUAAUGAAGGACUGUUUAUUUUUACGCGUAUGCAAUUGGUUCAUCUAGUUUUACUUAUGCUCCAGACUUAACAAAGGUUUUUGAAACCGUUCUCUAGUAUAUAUAUAUUAGAAACGGAAACCAUUAUUAAGAAAAUUUUUUUGUUGUACAAUGUCACGUGCGAAGCAAAAAUAUCAUU